AACCGCUUCUCCAUUACAGAUUUACAGAGAUCCAAAGAUUACUUGAACCCCAUCACGCAUCCCACAAGCCUGUUCAGAUCCACUGUUCCGAAUCAGAAAUCUUUGGAAACCUCUUGAAAGCAAGAGAGAGUUAGCAAUGUGAAUUCCCCAGACAGCUGAAGCAAACAAUCCCUUAGGUUUGAGCUUCAAUGGACUUCACAGAAGCGUUUAAACAAUCUGGGCCGUGUGCUUUCUCUCCAAAUGCUCGAUUUCUCGCCGUCGCCGUUGAUUACCGCCUUGUGAUUCGGGAUGUUCUCUCACUCAAGGUGGUGCAACUAUUUUCAUGCUUGGAUAAGAUUACAUACAUUGAAUGGGCACUUGAUUCACAGUACAUCCUUUGUGGUCUUUACAAGAGACCAAUGAUCCAAGCAUGGUCACUGACGCAACCUGAAUGGACAUGUAAGAUAGAUGAAGGUCCUGCUGGUAUUUCCUAUGCUAGGUGGAGCCCUGACAGUCGACACAUAUUGACUACAUCUGAAUUCCAACUACGGUUAACUGUUUGGUCACUACUCAACACUGCAUGCAUACAUGUGCAAUGGCCAAAGCAUGGUUCGAAGGGAGUAUCCUUCACCAAGGAUGGAAAAUUUGCUGCAAUUUGCACAAGACGUGAUUGCAAGGACUAUGUCAAUCUGCUGUCUUGCCAUACAUGGGAGAUAAUGGGUGUUUUCGCUGUAGAUACAUUGGAUUUGGCUGAUAUACAAUGGUCACCUGAUGAUAGUGCCAUAGUAAUCUGGGAUUCUCCUCUUGAAUAUAAGGUUUUGGUAUAUUCACCAGAUGGGCGAUGUCUGGCCAAAUAUCAAGCAUAUGAGAGCGGUCUGGGUGUGAAAAGUCUUUCAUGGUCACCUUGCAGCCAGUAUUUAGCUGUAGGUAGUUAUGACCAAAUGCUACGAGUUUUGAAUCACUUGACAUGGAAAGUAUUUGCAGAAUUUGUGCACUUGUCAGCUGUUCGAGGUCCUUGCGGUGCUGCUGUUUUUAAGGAAGUAGAUGAGCCAUUGCAACUUGAUAUGUCAGAAUUAUCAUUGAGCGAUGAUUUUUCCCAUCACAAUAAUGAUAAUGCUCCCGAAAGACAAAUUCAAGUCAGGUAUGAUGUUAUGGAAGUGCCUAUUACACUCCCUUCUCAAAAACCUGCUGCGGAUAAACCAAACCCCAAACAGGGAAUUGGCCUGAUGUCGUGGAGCCCCGACAGUCAAUAUAUAUGCACUCGCAAUGACAGCAUGCCAACCGUCCUGUGGAUAUGGGACAUACAUCAUCUCGAGCUAGCUGCCAUCUUGAUACAAAAGGAUCCCGUUAGAGCAGUAGCUUGGGACCCUUGUUGCACACGCCUAGUUUUAUGUACCGGAAGCCCCCAUUUCUACAUGUGGACACCCUCGGGCGCUUAUUGCAUAAACGUCCCUCUUCCUCAGUUUUCUGUUCUCGAUCUGAAAUGGAGUUCGGAUGGCAGCUGCCUUCUCCUAAAAGACAAGGAGCUGUUUUGCUGUGCUGCUGUACCAUUACUACAAGAAUCCAGUGACUACAGCUCAGAGGACUGAUGAAUAAUGUAUUACUGAUCUCUGCACUUAAAAGCAUUAAUGACCAAUGGGAUUACGAGAUUUUCGUUCUUCUCGGGGAUCGUAAGGAGGGAUCUAUCAAGAGCUUCUUUCCCAGGCUUCAAACUGAUUGUAUUUGUAUUAUUAUGCAUUUUAUGCUUCUGUAACUUAUGUACAAGCUCUAUAGCACAGAUGUUGCAAGGACCUGUAUGAUAUAUCCUUCAAAACUGUUUAGCCUGUGAAAAUGCAGCUUAUUAUGUACUGUAGUUUUGAUGGAAUGCUUUAUACAUCUGUCCUAUCAUGACAUAACAAAUUAUUAGCUAUUCCCAAAAUUAUGUUUUCUGGAAUUAAUACCUUUGAUCUUGACUAUA